GGCUGGUUUAGCUGCAGCGCUUCCUGUUUUGUAACCUAUUCAACGUGCAUGUUAUCAAACACAAACCAAGCAAAAGGCAGCGAAAGAGAAAGGCUCAGAAGGAGCAGGCACAAUUAAGUUGCAGACAUGACGCAUAGUUGCAUCCACUGGUUCCGUAAGGGACUGCGGCUACAUGACAACCCAGCGCUGGUGGCCGCUUUAAGGGAAUGUAAGGAACUCUACCCCGUUUUUAUCCUCGAUCCCCAUCUCCUUGACAAGACACGAGUGGGGCUCAACCGCUGGAGGUUCCUGGUGGGAGCGCUCACAGACUUGGACCACAGCUUGCAAAAACUCAACUCCAGACUGUUUAUCGUGAGAGGCAAGCCAGAGGAUGUUUUCCCUGUAUUGUUCACCAAGUGGAAGAUAACCAAGCUGACGUAUGAGUUUGACACGGAGCCUUACAGUGUGUCCCGCGACAGGAAAGUGAGCGAUCUGGCUAAAGAACACAACGUGGAAGUCGUCUAUAAAGUGUCUCACACACUUUAUGACAUAGACAGGAUAAUUGAGGAGAAUAAUGGGAAAGCUCCCCUCACAUACAACCGCAUGCAGGCUGUUGUGAAGACCCUCGGGCCCCCAAAGAGGCCAAUCCCUGCUCCCAGCAUGGAGGAUGUGAAAGGCCUGAAGACCCCUCAUUCAGAAGAUGACGUGAAUCACUACAGUAUACCCACGCUGGACGAGCUGGGCCAUGACACUUCAGAGCUUGGAGAGGAGCCGUUCCCUGGAGGAGAACAAGAAGCUUUGAGGCGAUUGGAGGAAAAGAUGAAAAACACAGGUUGGGUUUGUAGCUUUGAGAAACCUCAGACCUCGCCCAACUCCCUGAGCCCGAGUACUACAGUCCUCAGCCCCUAUGUCACCUUCGGGUGCCUGUCUGCGCGCACCUUCUGGUGGAGGCUGACCGAGGUCUACAAGGGGAAAAAGCAUUCAGCCCCGCCAGUGUCCCUGCACGGUCAGCUACUUUGGAGAGAGUUCUUCUACACAGCCAGCGUGGGUAUCCCCAAUUUUAACAAGAUGGAGGGCAACCCUGUGUGUACUCAGGUGGACUGGGAUGCAAAUGACGACUCCCUUGCUGCUUGGAGAGAGGCUCGUACUGGUUUCCCUUUCAUCGACGCAAUUAUGACUCAGCUGAGACGAGAAGGAUGGAUCCAUCACUUGGCGAGACAUGCUGUGGCUUGCUUCCUCACCAGAGGAGACCUGUGGAUCAGCUGGGAGGAAGGACAGAAGGUGUUUGAGGAGCUCCUGUUAGACGGUGACUGGGCUCUUAAUGCUGGGAACUGGCAGUGGCUGUCAGCGAGCACCUUCUUCCACCAGUUCUUCAGGGUCUACUCUCCUGUGGCAUUUGGCAAGAAGACUGACAAAAAUGGGGACUACAUCAAGAAGUACCUUCCCAUUCUGAAGAAGUUUCCCGCUCAGUAUGUCUACGAGCCUUGGAAAGCGCCACACAGUGUGCAGCAAGCGGCAGGGUGCAUCGUGGGUAAAGACUAUCCACGUCCUAUUGUGGAGCAUGAAGUGAACAGCAAGAAGAACAUCCAGAGGAUGAAGCUCGCUUAUGCCAAGAGGUCUGGCAAGUCUGAUGAAUCACCCAACAAGAAACAAGGUGCAAAGCGUAAGGCACCCUCUGUUGUCGACAUGUUAAAGAAGAAAGGGAAGAAAUGAUGCUUAUAGAGUAUUAUGGUUGUAUUAGGUUUUAUCCUAGUUUGUUUUAUAAUAUGUCCAUUCUGGCUCCGUGAUCUCUACCUCCAUUCUUCAUUGGUUACCAUUACAUAUCUUAAGGGCUGUUUUUUUGGUUGUGUAUUUAUAUGCUUUUACUUUUGUUAAGGGAAUUUCUUAUUGCUCUAAGGCUUUACUGUAUUUUCCCUAUACUGUAAUGUUUAAAUCUACCCCACUAAAGUGCUCACAAAGGUUUGUACUGAUGGAUUUGAUCUGUUCAUAUACACAGUAGUACCUUAACUUACAAGCUUAAUUGGUUCUGUGACAGAGCUCUUAACUCAAAACACUUGUAUCUCAAAUCAAUGUCUCCUAAUUAAAUUGGUGCUUGGUCAUGCCAAACAGCACAAUUUUGACACGUAACAUGCCUUUUCAUAAGAAAAAUAAACUUUUAUUUGCAACAA